AUGAAAGGAUCGACGUUUGUUAUUCGUGGUAUAACGAAAUUUCGCGUAUUACCUUGGUGCUCAUACGUUCCAGAGGCCAAGAACAACCAUCAACGCCGAACAACACAAUAUACGGCGCCACGGACUUACUCCUCGGUCGCUGUCAUCGAUGAAAAAUCCGAGCACACGCCAACAGCCAAUUCCAAACGUCCUUAUAUUCGUCCCUCAUUAAUCCGACAGCGAACAUGCAUGCAUGAAAUAGGACGCAGCCAUGUUCAUGAUAUCAUGAUAAAAGCAUUUCCUUCACACUGUCUUGAUGAUUAUCCAGUAAUUAUUGAUGAAGAAAUUUGGAGAGGAACUUUUUAUUCUUUUUCUAAAUGGAUAAUGAUUUUACAAGCCGAAGCGGUGUUGACAAAAAUUCAUGUUUCUGAAAAAUUUAAAGAAAAUGAAUUAAUAACUUGCACAGCAGCGUCAAGUGAUAAUGUUGCAAUUGGGACUGAUUUAGGGUUUAUAUAUUUUUAUAAUAUAUUUAAUGUAAAUGAACCAGCUUUUAUAGCAACCCACGGUGAACCUAUUGAUCAAAUUGAAUUUUGGUAUAAUGACCAAGAAAUACUAGUUGUUUCAAGAUCUAAAAAUAAUUCAGUUAAAUUUUGGAACGUGACUGCUAAAAAACAAUUAAACGCUGGAUCAAUGAAUAAUUGUUAUUCACAAAAUGAAGAAAUAAUUUAUGAACAUUCAUGCACAAUGGGUAUAAUUAUCUCCAAAAAACAUUUACAAUUUGAUUUAGGAGAUGCAACUGCUAUCGGAAUUUAUUUACGAAAUGCACGGCCUUUAUUACUAUCUUAUAAAAACAACAGUGAAUUAAAAUUGUUUCUCAGACAAGAUAUGGCUUAUGGAUUGUCAAGUAAAUCCGAGAGAGUAUUAAAAUCAAACAUAAUUCCAGAUGAUUCAUCCUUAUCUCUCAGAAUUAAAUUUUAUGUAACAUAUUACAACGCGAUUAUUUUUAUUAUCGGAAGAUAUUUGUUCAUUAGUUUUUCUUAUGACUACAAUAUAUACGAUAUAUUUUCAUACCUUGGAGGGUGUAUCACAUCUGUCAUUACUCAUGGACAUAUUUUAUUUUUUGGUUUAGAUUCAGGAGUUAUUCAUAUAAUUUACGCUCCUACUGCUGAUUGUUUGCUGCAUCUUAAUUUUGAUAAUGUCAAAUCAAAAAGUAUUAGAAUUUCUAAUGACGAACCUAUUGUUUCCAUGAACAUUGCUGAGGCUGAAAAAGAUCCGUAUAUUUUCUUAAUUAUGGAUCUGGAGAAUUGCAACUCACGAGACGAUGACGUAAUGGAGAACAUGAGUAGCGGUAUAGAACAAAAGUACGGACCCAGUGUUCUUGACAAUGUACAUGCCAGUGAUGAACGUUUUAAUAAAAAUGACAGAGACGAACAAGACUUUGUUAGUUGGGGUGAUGGGGCCCGUAAUCCUUAUAAGCGAGAACUUGGUCACAGAAUUUUUGUCAACAGAAGUCUCCAUUUGGAGAACAUUAAAUUCUAUGGAUUUGAUAUGGACUAUACUCUAGCGGAAUACAAAUCACCUCAGUACGAGCAAUUGGGUUUUGAUUUACUCAAAGAACGCCUAAUUUCCCUGGGCUACCCGCAAGAGAUACGUGCUUUUGAAUAUGAUCCGAGUUUUCCAGUUCGAGGAUUAUGGUUUGAUACACUCUAUGGUAAUCUUCUUAAAGUUGAUGCUUAUGGAAAUAUUCUUGUUUGCGUUCAUGGUUUUGAAUUUUUAAAGCACUCUCAAGUAUACGAAUUGUAUCCUAAUAAAUUUCUUCAGUUAGAUGAAUCACGUGUUUACGUGUUGAACACAUUAUUCAAUUUACCAGAAACCUACUUGCUAGCAUGUCUCAUAGAUUUUUUUACCAAUUCACCCCAAUUCUCGCGUGAGAAAACGGGUGUAAAAGAGGGUGAGCUUACAAUGAGUUUCAAGAGUAUUUUUCAAGAUGUAAGAAAUGCAGUUGACUGGAUACAUAUCCAAGGAGAUCUAAAAUCAAAAACUAUUGAAAAUCUCGAUGAAUAUGUCAAAAAGGACGAAAGAUUACCAAUGUUUUUAACUAGGAUACGCGAAAGUGGCGCUAAACCCCAUGAACCUCACAGAGAUUGGAAAACUUAUUUCGAUACUAUAGUAGUUGACGCUAACAAGCCAUUAUUUUUCGGUGAAGGCACUAUUUUACGACAAGUCAAUACAAAAACCGGCGCGUUAAAGUUAGGAACUCACAAAGGACCACUUCACACAGGUGAAGUCUAUUCAGGUGGAUCAUGCGAUGUUUUUACUGAAAUGAUCGGAGCUAAGGGAAAAGACGUUCUCUACAUCGGAGAUCACAUUUUCGGUGAUAUUUUAAAGAGUAAAAAAAUCCGCGGUUGGAGAACUUUUCUCAUUGUCCCAGAAUUGGUUCAAGAAUUACACGUCUGGACUGAUAAAUGUCAAUUAUUCGCAGAAUUACAAAAUCUUGAUGUUAUGCUCGGAGAAAUGUACAAAAAUUUAGACAGUAGUACUAAUGAAAAGCCUGAUAUUUCGAAACUACGGGCUUCUAUUAGAGAUGUUACGCACAAAAUGGAUUUGGCUUAUGGUAUGAUGGGCUCAUUGUUCAGAAGUGGAAGUAGACAAACAUUUUUCAGCAGUCAAGUUGUCAGAUAUGCUGAUCUUUACGCAGCGACCUUUCUUAAUCUUAUCUAUUAUCCGUUCUCAUACAUGUUUCGUGCGCCGGCAAUGCUAAUGCCACAUGAAAGCACAGUCGCUCACGAGCAACGCUUUGUUAUGGAAACUCCAAUGAUCAGUAGAUCACGGACGUUCAAACUCAACGAUGAAGAUGAGGAACAAAACGCUAUUAUGGCUAAGUCUUUUGAAACAGAAAUCAAUCCGAUUCCGCAUGCGAGACCAGAAACACCUCGCAAUGUCACUCACACACACGAUGAAGAUUGUAGUGACGAGGACAGUGACUCUCAAAAACAAAAUCCAUCAAGAUCAUCAAAAAAAAUUGAUAGUAAUUCAUAA